AACCGAAAGUCGACAAACUACUAUUUACUUCGGCAUGACUCGUAUCCCACUGGAUCAUGAAAACAAGGCACAAAACCCGGAUACGAAGACCUGCUUUCAGGCAUACAAAGACCACCCCCAGCGUUUUGAUUGCUCGCCGAAUUUCGCGACGCUCUCCAAACCUCGCGUGGGCCAGGCGAACAGGCGCAUCACGUGACCCCGUUUCCCGGCCGCCACAAUCAUGGGUCCUGACCAGCUGGUUCCAAAAGUGGUGUAGCGGGCCCCGGCAGCCUUCUUCUUCCAAAGGAAAUGUGCAGAAUCCUUGCCGUUUCCAGGCAAAUGAGGCUUUGCAUCCAGGCACCUCCACAGGGGCGGGCCAAACAUGCGGCGUUUGUCGGGGGAGAUAUUUCGUUGCACCCAAAAGCCGUUGUUUUAGCGCGCUACAAUAGUACGUGGGGAAAUACACGAACAGACAAGGGUGGAUGGCCAUUGGUUCGUGGCAUCGUUUCUGGGGCGUCCGUUUUCCGGCGUCGUUUUGGGAAAUGCUGCUACAGGCUUAUUCUGUGGAAACAGUAUUUUUUCUGGUCAAACUCGCCACGAAACAUGAGAACCACUAAUUACGAGCCAACCAAUGGGCCCGUCCCGCGGCGGACGUACCAGGCACCUCGUAUCCGCAUAUUUAUGUUUCUUCUUUUUUUAGCCCGAAAAAGCUUGGCACGCCGCACGAGGCUCCGGGGCCCACAGACCCAUGUGGUUGGCGAGGACCACGGUACUGCACCCAACGCACUUGCAGCGGCCUGCACGAAUAGGGGCAACACAAGAAAAAGGGAGGGGAAACCAAAACAAAUACUCGGCUAAAGAUUCCCGCGCACCCCGAGCCCGCGAGAAUCCCCCGAAUUAUUCCGA